GACGUCUGUGGUUCUGAAUGUCACCGGCUGAUCUUGUUUUCACCUGUUUAGUGGCAUUCGUUUUGUACAGUAUUUGAUCUUAAAUCGAUUUAUCAAGCCGUUUUUUUCUCAUUUAAGAUUGUUUUCUGUGCUUUAAAGGAAUAAAUAGCUAAAGUUUAAUACGUAUAGUUAUUAGCUGUGUGCUAUUGCUAUUGGCAGACAUUGCGCGAGGAAAUGCUUUAAACGUUAGUCCAUUACACAGUGUACAAACUCAUAUUAUUUGUUCCUAUUAGAUAAUUAGGUGUAAUCUUUCUAAAAAUAACACCUAUAAAGUUGACGCAUUUGAUUUGGAGUGACCUACAUCUGGAAACAUGCUAGCACACAUAGCGAGAAGAAUUUGUCAUUUCCAUGGCCAUCAGAUCUCAAGUGCAAUUCUACGGCGCAUGCGGUCAUCACUCAAGACCAUCAGUCCCAUCUCGGCAAUUUCACUCUGGACGUAUUCAUCUCAGCUGCAGGACUUCAGCCAACCCAACCCAUCUUGGAGUCCAGAAAUGCGCAAGUUUUAUGAUCAUUAUAAUGCACAGUGUGACACUGACACAGAAAAUUUUGAGAAUAAAACUGGGCCUUGGAGGAAGUUGCCCAGCUACAACCGCUCCAUUAAACAUGCUACUGGUGGCAUAUACCUCAGCAAACUGAUCCAGGCCAAAGCUCGGCUUUUCACGAGAAGUGUUCAAGAGGAAGGUGCAGCAUUUGAAUAUGUGGCAUUUUUCAAUAAGGAGGAGAAGAUCUGCAUUUGUCUGUUUCAGCCAGGUCAUUUACUAGAGGGUGCACCUGGACAUGUACAUGGUGGAGCCAUAGCCACUAUGAUUGACACAGUGACAGGUAUGCUUGCUGGCUACCUGUCAGGACCCAGUGUGACUGCCAAUCUCAACAUAAACUACCGCAGUCCAGUACCUCUGGGUAGUGUGGUUAUAAUCCACUGUGCCCUAGAUCGAAUAGAGGGGAGGAAAACUUUCAUUACUUGCAGAGUGACCAGCACUGAUGAGUCCAAAGUCUACACCGAGGCCAACGAUCAGACUGCGCAAAAGGAGUGCAGAAUGGGUCACAUCGAAUACAGCUCUCAUCUGAUUGGCUGAAAGUUCUAUUCAUUUCAAUCAAAUUGGGCAGUUUAUUUGGAUAGCAAAGCUGGAUCAUCCAGGAUUCCACUACUGAGUUAUACGGAAUAUCUGCGCACCUAUGAGUGAGUGUGUUCCUGACAUGGAGUGUAUUCACAAUGAGCAACUGAUCAAGCUGAUGUUCUGCAGAGCCUAGGUACUCAUAAUGUGGUAUUCAAGUGUGUAUGCAUGCAAGUGUUUUUACACAUGACUGGCUAUUUUUUUAUUUUUAUAUUUUAAAAGUUAAAUAGUCUUAUUACCCUGGUAUAUUUAUUGAUUUGGUAUUUAUUAGUUUUAAAUUGUUUUGCUAUUAACUUCUUUAAAUAAUUAUGGUGACAAUUCUAGUACUAAGUGCUUGCUUGGUACUAUAAGUAUUGAUUAUCUUUUUACCACUGCUUUGAGUAAUAAGUAAAAUAGAAUUUCAUGCUCUGUCAUUAAAAGAAAAUUGUACAUGUAAAUAAUAUGUAAUGUUAUACAAUAAUAAUAGUAGUAGUAAUAAUAUCAAUAUAAGCAAUAAUGGUAUAUUUAUAGUUGCCUUAAUGU